AUGGAUGUGAUUCAAUUGGCCAAUAUUGGCCCGGCAGCUCCGCUUAAGAGGAACGGAGCCAUUGAACAUUUAGUUCAGCGCCUAUGCAGGAAUAGAGUUGGCUUUUCUCCGACAAUCUUCUUCAAUCCGCUACUUGGACGGGGACAAAUUUUGACUGGUGCUCAGCGACCUCCACAAACUAGUCUUUUGUUGGAACAUCAGCGACAAGUGCACCAACGAGUUUAUUCAGCAAAUCUUGCAGACCAGACAGUACUCUUCGCGCUUUGCGAAGUGCUGCACGAUUUUCAAAUCGGUGACAAAAAGCUAAAUCUUAGGGCUGACAAUUGCGGUCGAAGC